UGCCUUCCUGUGCCACUGACUCUUGAUUCCAUGGACACAGCCCCAGUCCUGAUGGGCUCCCUUCAGCACUGCCCUUGCCAGCUGCCUAAGAUGGGUGACACCUGGUCCCAGCUGCCCUGGCCUGGGCCCACCCAUCCAGCUUUGCUGCUUGUCUCCCUCCUCUUGGCAGCUGGGGUGAUGCACUCGGAUGCUGGCACCAGCUGCCCUGUCCUUUGCACGUGCCAUAACAAGGUGGUAGAUUGCAGCAGCCAACGGCUAUUCUCCGUGCCCCCAGACCUGCCCAUGGACACUCGCAACCUCAGCCUGGCCCACAACCGCAUCACCGCCGUGCCGCCUGGGUACCUCACAUGCUACAUGGAGCUCCAGGUGCUGGAUUUGCGCAACAACUCCUUGAUCGGACUGCCCCCGGGCCUCUUCCUCCAUGCCAAGCGCUUGGCACACCUGGAUCUGAGCUACAACAACCUCAGCCAUGUGCCUGCUGACAUGUUCCAGGAAGCCCACGGUCUGGUGCACAUCGACCUGAGCCACAACCCGUGGCUGCGCAGGGUGCAUCCGCAGGCCUUCCAGGGGCUGAUGCAACUCCGAGACCUGGACCUAAGCUACGGGGGCCUGGCCUUCCUCAGCCUCGAGGCCCUUGAGGGCCUGCCAGGGCUGGUGACCCUGCAGAUCGGUGGCAACCCCUGGGUGUGUGGCUGCACCAUAGAGCCUCUGCUGAAGUGGCUGCGGAACCGGAUCCAGCGCUGCACGUCAGAUUCUCAGCUGGCUGAAUGUCGGGGCCCCCCUGAAGUUGAGGGCGCCCCACUCUUCUCCCUCACUGAGGAGAGCUUCAAGGCCUGCCACCUGACCCUGACCCUGGAUGAUUAUCUUUUCAUUGCAUUCGUGGGCUUUGUGGUCUCCAUCGCAUCCGUGGCCACCAACUUCCUCCUGGGUAUCACAGCCAACUGCUGCCAUCGUUGGAGCAAAGCCAGUGAAGAGGAAGAGAUUUGA